UUGUUGCGAUUGCUUCGGUCUGGCUGUCGUCUUCAUUUUCCCGCGUUCAAUCUGAGGGCGCGAGAGUGCAGAGGAGAAGAGAAUAAGGUUGUGUAUUCCAGCUUCCCUCUCAUUUGGCAAUGCAGUUCUCUAGGAUUCGGACUUUGAAGAUAAAUCCCAGAUUAACUGGAGAAAGGAAGAGUGAGCAUUACCCAUUCAGCCUACAGUUUUACCAGGUUCCACCUACUGAAAAUAUUUCCCUUUCAGAGUUUGAAACCUUUGCUAUUGAAAGACUUAAACUUCUGAAAUCCAUAGAGAAUCUUGGUGUUAGUUAUGUGAAAGUUUCGGCAGAUUACACCACCAAGCUGGAAACUGAACUUCGGAAACUUAAGUUUCCAUACCGAUCUCCACAGAACGACAUCAAUGAUGAAACCUAUGACCAACGGAGAAAAGACCAUAUAUCACAUUUUAUUCUACGCCUUGCAUAUUGCCAGUCUGAAGACCUAAGACGAUGGUUUAUUCAGCAGGAAAUGGACCUGUUCAAGUUCCGAUUCAGUCAGUUACCAAAGGAAAAGGUCCAAGAAUUUCUGAAGUAUAGUGGUCUGGAAUAUCUUGCUAUUAGCGAUGAAGAAAAGAAGCAGCAUCAUGAUGAUCUGAUAAGUUCCACUUAUGGUUUAAGCACAACUAAACUAGAAGAUCUGGAGUUUUACAAGGUUCGUUUCCAGGAUGCUCUAGAUUUAGUACGGCCAAGAAAAGUCUUCCUCUUACAUGGAUUUGCGUAUAUUCCACAUACAGAAAUUGUAACCCUCAUCCUUAAUGACUUCAGAACAAGAUUAUCUAAAGCUCUGGCUUUGACAGCUCGAUCGCUUCCAGUAGUGCAAUCAGAUGAAAGACUGCAACCUCUACUUAGUCACCUCAGCCAUUCUUAUAUUGGUCAAGAUUUCAGUUCACAAAGAAACACUGGAAAAAUUUCACUCGACCAAAUUGAUGCGCUUUCUGCAAAGUCAUUUCCUCUCUGUAUGCGUCAACUUCACAAGUCUUUGAGAGAGCACCAUCACCUUCGCCAUGGAGGCCGUAUGCAGUAUGGCCUUUUCCUCAAGGGUAUUGGUUUAACACUGGAGCAGGCCCUCCAGUUCUGGAAACUGGAAUUUACAAAGGGAAAAGUUGACUCUGAAAAGUUUGACAAAGGGUAUGCUUACAGCAUUCGUCACAACUAUGGUAAAGAAGGAAAAAGAACAGACUACACGCCAUACAGUUGCAUGAAGAUCAUUGUGUCAAAUCCACCAAGUCAAGGAGAUUAUCACGGUUGUCCUUUUAGGCACAGUGACCCUGAGUUGCUGAAACAGAAGUUGCAGUCCUUCAAAGUUGCUUCCACAGGGAUAAAUCAAAUAUUGGACCUUGUUAAAGGUAUGCAUUACCAGUUGGCAUGUCAGAAAUAUUUUGAGCUGACGCACAAUGUUGACGAUUGUGGCUUUUCACUGAACCAUCCUAAUCAAUACUUCAUAGAAAGUCAGAAACUCCUUACUGGUGGUCAGGAGAUCAAGAAAGAGCAAGCAUCUGUGGAUAGUUCUCAAGCAAACUCUCAAAGUCAGAUAGCUUCCAGUUCGUCCAGUGCACUCAUCAGCACACAGUCUGACGAGGUGGAAGAUCUUGAACAGUUUUUUAAUGAAUGUUAAGCUACUAAUGUAUGAAUACUAAGCUACUAAUGUCAUUUGUUUUUGUGUUUGCUAGAACAUAGAUAAUUAGCCCUGCAGUGAACAUAAUUCCACAGUGGGGCUUAUUUUAUGUUCGUUAAAACAGCCAAAACGUGUCUCCAACAACCAAUCAGUUCCGGACCGAAAUAAAACCUAAUUGAUUGCCCAAUGUAUUCCAUUGCCUUGUCUCGUAAGGUACAAUUAUAAGUGUUUUCACUGUAGUAUUUACAAAGGAGGGAGGACAAAUAAAAAUACUAGUGUGAACAAACUGUUCAGAA